AUGACCAACAACACUAUCAAUGAAGUAUCAUCCACGGCUUGUGUCAAUGCAUCUGCUGGAUCAACGUCGCAGACUGUGACACCAACCACCAGUCCAACAUUAAAGGGCAAUUCCAUGUCGCCAGAAAUCCAAAGGGAGCUGUCACUAAAGAGUUUGGAACUGCGCAGAAAGGACGAUGAAAUCAACCAUCUCAAGAAUGUGAUCGACCUAUUGCAACAGCAAUAUGCCCAAGAGCUCUCCAUCUGCUGUCAAUACUCUGACUCUUUGGCCAAACUUCAGAAAGAGUUACAGACCCUAAGAGGUGAGAACAUGUCUAAAGAGGAGCAGUACAAGAAGCAGAUUGGAGAUCUUCAACAGAAGCUUUACACCUCUGUCAAGAUAUGA